UUCUUGGCACUUUUAUACCUCCUCACCAUCACUGCACCACUUCAUUCCAACAGUGAGUAAACCAAGCGAAGGUCAGCGCGGCAGAAACACGAAGCUGACCUGAAACUUUUUCACGUCCACGCGCUCAUUCCUCACCUCCUCUCCGAGACUUUGGGAUAAACUCCAGCAAACCGUGACCUCACCUUUCCCGACCCGGGACACCCUGCGUGCGUGUGUUUCGGGACUUUUGUCGCAGAGGUCUGAGCACCCGGCUGGUUCUCCGUCUUACCUGUCCCAUCCACCCGUCCGUGCUGCAUCGUGUCCGGACGGCAGCGUCCCCAGUUUGAUCCUGUUCCAAUUUAUCUGAGCCCAGCUGCGAGCGACCCGUCUGCUAGAUCGAUAUCAUUUGGAUGAAGAUGAGACAACUGAGCGCAUUCAUCCUGUUGACCCUGGCUGUCCUCGCAACAGCCAGACCAAAAACAGAACCUGCGCAGAAAUGUAAGACUGGUCCGGUGGAUCUAGUCUUCCUCAUCGACAGCUCCCGCAGCGUUAGGCCACAUGAGUUUGAGACCAUGAGGAAGUUUAUGAUUGACAUCAUUAACACCCUGGAUAUUGGACUAAAUGCCACCAGAGUGGGAGUUGUUCAGUAUUCCAGUCAGGUCCGCACUGAGUUCACUCUGAAGACUCACGCCAGGCUGAGCAACAUAGUGAAAGCCAUCAAUCAGAUCAUCCCCCUCGCUCAGGGUACCAUGACCGGACUCGCCAUCAGAUACAUGAUGAAUGAAGCUUUUACUCCAGAGGCUGGAGACAGGCCAAAGGUUCCAAACGUGGCCGUGAUCGUGACAGACGGACGUCCUCAGGACCGCGUGGCUGAGGUGGCCGCUGAGGCGAGAGAAAAAGGCAUUGAGAUCUAUGCUGUGGGCGUGGCCAGGGCAGAUAUGACAUCACUGAGGGCCAUGGCGUCACCGCCCUUUGAGGACCACGUCUUCCUGGUUGAGUCCUUUGAUCUCAUUCACCAGUUUGGCAUCCAGUUCCAGGAUAAGCUCUGCGUGAUCGACUACUGUUCGUUUGGGAACCACAGUUGCGAUCAUGAGUGUGUGAGCGUGCUCAAUGGCUAUCGCUGUCGCUGUAACGAGGGAUACAGGCUGCUGGAGGACAGCAAGACCUGCCAGGCCUGCAAGUCUGCAAACAUCGACCUGGUGCUUCUGAUCGACGGCUCAAAGAGUGUCCGCCCUCAAAACUUUGAGCUUGUCAAAAAGUUUGUUAACCAGGUCGUCGACUCUCUGGACGUGUCUGCUCACGGUACCAGAGUCGGUCUGGUUCAGUACUCGAGCCGCGUCAGGACCGAGUUUCCCCUCAACAUGUACCACACAGCUGAUGAGAUCAAAGCUGCAGUCAUGAAGGUUGAAUACAUGGAGAAAGGUACGAUGACCGGCCUGGCCCUGAAGCACAUGCUGGAAAACAGCUUCUCUGAGGCAGAAGGCGCUCGUCCUCUGAGCCGCAACAUUCCACGAAUCGGGCUGGUUUUCACAGACGGGCGCUCCCAGGAUGACAUCACCGAGUACGCCAAGAAGGCCAAAGAAGCCGGCAUCACCAUGUACGCGGUGGGUGUUGGAAAAGCGGUGGAAGAUGAGCUCCGUGAGAUCGCGUCUGAGCCUGUGGAGAAGCAUUUCUAUUACACCACUGACUUCACCGCCAUCAGCACCAUUGCUGAAAACCUCAAACUCAAUGUCUGCCCAGAGGAGAGUCAGGGCGAGAUUGAGGUGAAGGACCCCUGUGCAUGUGAAAGUCUGGUGGAGUUCCAGCAGGCCACUAUGAACAGCCUGGAGCAGGUCACACAGAAACUGGCUGGGAUGACCGCGCGCCUGGAACAGCUGGAGAACCAGCUUUUCUCCAGGAAGUGAUCUGUUGACUUCUGAGCGAGCACAAUGGGACGAAGAGGAAGAAGAACAAACUAAAGCUUGAUUUAUAGAACUGUGGUAAAUCUACCCCAUAGCUACAGCGUAGCCUCGCGUCCUAGCACAAAGCCUGAGAACAGGCUAACGUGUUUGGUCUGCUUGGUAGUAAACUGCUGUGUAAUGGCAGUAUUUUGAUUCAGAAGAAUAAAGUAUCCCUGGAACUAAAUUGAAUCGGUUGUAAUAAUAUUGAACUUGCUUAAAAUGCAGUAGCUAUAUUCAGCCAAAGUAAGCACGCUGGUUUUUAGAUUUGCUGUGACAAAUUCAGGUUCAGACUCUAAUCAGUUCUGAAAUCUCCCGUCCUGCGUUUCUGUGGAAAGAGCUGUUGUUCAACAUUUAUUAGCUUCAAGACCAACGAAAGAUCUCUGGGGAGAUUGAACACAGGACGAUAAAUCAAGCUUUGAGAAGAGUUCGGCACAUUCCGACAAACCAAAUCCUCCAAAUCAGCCUUCCUGGCAAAAGUGUCUCCACUCUACGACAUUUUUCCAAGUAAAGGUGCUCUUAUACAACAAACGGUCAUAAAACACAUGGAUUUGAUAUUUCAGGUUCCCCAUGACAUCUGUUACCUCUGCCAUUUUCUUUUUGGGGAUAUUUGUGUUUAACACAGUUUGCAUAAAAAAUGAACAUCUGAAAAGUGAAGCUAAUAGAGAAUUGCCUUAAAUCUACGCCUCACUUGAUCUAUGACCUCAGUUAACCCUCACAUGAUGAGUUCAUGGUCAAAAAAACGAGUUUACUGUAUGUAGUAAAUAUCAGCACGAACAUGAUUCAGUAAAAAUCUGAAUUUUCUCACACAGUGUUCAUUCGUCGCCACCCAUCAUUCGCCUGUUCUUUAUUUAUACUUUGAUCUCUUUUGUAUGGUUUGUUAAAUAUGACGUGUUUAUUACAGUUUGUUUUAUUUUAAUCAGCAGCAGAAUGACAAAAAGUAAUGAAGUGCUAUUACCACUCUGAAUAUUAAAGUCCUUUGGGUCAUUUUCAGUAAAGUCAUUACGUGCUUGCAUGUAGACGGUAGAUUUUUAUCUUAGGCCUAAAUGGUUAAAAGUGGUGAAGAGAAAACUGAGGUGUAGUUUUAAAAAAAGGGAAUUUUAGAUGUUUAAAUAUCACUAUUCACCGAGGCUGUGGUCGAGUAAAGUAAAUGUGAGCGCAGUGCAGGAAUCAGUGCACAGAAAUGUACUAUGAAUGAAGAAAGGUCACCCUAAAGGAAUAUUAAAAAAACUGAAUUACAGUCAUAAAGUCACUCUGUAAAUGAACCACCUGAAGAUUGUGUUGAAUGUCUGUGUCUUAUAAUAUAUAAACGACUGCCACAAAUUUAUACCCCUUUGUAUUUGAAUCCCUGUAUUUUUUGUAUAUUUUAUAACAGGUUUACAUUUUUUGUAUUUUUCUAAGGAGUCUCUGUAUUACAGCACAGACGACAAUAAAGGA